AUGAUAAUGCAACGAUAUUUUCCAUUCCGUUCUAUUAGAAACCAAUAUCAAUUACGUGUUAGUCAUGAAUUACAAAUAUAUGUUUUAAAAUCAUUGAGAGAUUUAUUAUUUCUUGCCAUGGAAUUUUUUAUUGAAAAUACUUCAGUACAAUUAAUAUCAUCUGUUGAACAUAAUCAUACUCCAUUACGUGAUCUUGCUUAUGAAUUCCUAAGAAAAAUUACUUCAAGAAAACAAAUAUGUACUGCUACUGGAUUAUCAGUUGAAAACUUAGCAAUAAUUUGGGUAUUUUUCUGUUUUCUUAAUGGUAGUAAAGGUUUAACUGUAGUUCAAAAAGGUGCACGAUGUUUACUUAUAGCACGUACAUUACGUAUAUGCCUUUUUUCAAUGACAGUUUUACCUUCACCAAAACCUCGAUGUAAUUUUACUGAUCCUAUUAAUCCAUUUAGAAUACGUGUUGGUGGUGCUUGUAAUGAUUUACUUUAUAGUGGACAUGUUACAAUUUAUACUCUAACAGCUAUUUCAUUUACAAUAUUAUCUCGUCAAUAUUCAUCAAGAAUAUUACGUUAUGGUCUUCCGAUAUUAAUUUGGUUUCAUAUAAUUCAACGUAUUCUAUGUACAAUAUUAGAACGUCAUCAUUAUUCUAUUGAUAUGUUUUUAGGUUUUAUUGUAACAUUAUUAAUAUGGCAAUGUAAACCAUUACAUAUUGAUUUACCAGAAGUACCACAAAAUUUAUUUCUACAUUUAAAACAAUUAGUUUUUCCUCAAUUUCGUUCAAGUCUUAAAGAAGUUUAA